AUGCAUCCUCAUGAGCAUAACGGGUUUUGCAAGCGUUGCUUCGAUGUGGGGUCAGUCAACGCUCAGGGUGGACACGAUAUGGCCUCGGAAUGGCCAGUUGAUAAAUGUUACAGACACGACUCAGAAGGCUUUGACCUUUUGGAUCCUCCCUAUGAGGCAGUCAAGGACCUCGAUGUCCUGGAAGGCAUCGGCCAUACAGGAAUGACAAUAUCCAUCAUUCCCGCCCUAACUCAAUCCGAAAAACACGAUUCACAGAGCCGCCUCCAGGAAAUUCAGUCCAAAGCCGCUACAGGAUCGACUCUUAGUAAAGUAGCCUGUGGCUCUUCCAUCGCCACCCUUCCCGAAGACUCAGGAUAUGGAUCAAUUGCUGAAAGAACCUUUUCUUUCAAUUUUAUAACGCAAGAGGGAGCGGGAGAGAUGGCACUGAUACACAACACAGCCGCUGAUGACGAUGACAAAACCACGUACUCGAAAGCAACCAACGAGGAUCCCACCCAGACGCGUGAUUUUGUGCACGAGUUGGCCAGCGAUAUUUACGGGAAGCUGGGGCCUACUAUUAAUCCCGAAGAUUGGCCACUUCUAUCAAGGACGCUCCCUGACCUUCUCAAAGCCCUUGCUAUCAAAAUUGGUAGCAGUGGCUACUCGCAGGCCCACCGAGACGUCAUGUACCUCAUACAUAAGGAACACCAAAACAUUGUCGACAAAGUUCAGAACCUGAUAAUUUGCCCGCUGGAGGAUGCUGAAGUGCCAAUUUGUGCUGAUGUUGACAAUAUGUCACUGCGAGACAAGAUGGACUUGUGGGAUCAAAUGUUAUCUGUCGACGAGGACAAAACCAGUCACGGCGAGUUGUUUCAAAAUAAGGCCGAUAACGACUCCAGCACAAUUGCCUCAUUCAUGUACAAAAAGAUGGUCCUUGAAAGCAAGGGCUAUGACUGGCUGAUUCAAAGUCUCAAGACAGAACUCUUACUCGAACGGGACGAAACUGCUUCCUUGAGCGAUGCCGUUCUGGGCGACGAAACGGAACUUUUAACACUUGCCGGACGGUCACAUUCGCUUGUCAGCCUCGUUGGGCCGAGUUACUCUAUCGCAGAAGUUGGGGAGCAGAUUGCCUGGCUUGUGGCUGCUACCUCUGAAUACUCAUCUUCUGGCGAUGGCGGCGUCAUCCUCGGCAUCCCCUCAAUUUCCAUGACCGGCACAUUUCACUGUAACUCUUAUCCAGCCACAUGGGCAAGCUUCGAGUCUCUUCAGCCACUAUCCAGUACUAUCUCAGACACGGGAGCCUUUGUCGCUGUCGAAAUAGAAGUUCUUGGGAGUAAGAAACUUCUCCAAGGAAAGCCAGCAGCAUUUUGGGGUCGCUUGCUGGGAUAUUCAUCUGGUCCUCCAAUUAUCCAGAGAUAUCCGACGGCUCGGAGACGGGAAGGGUGCCCAGGCCUUGAACUGUCCUAUGACAUGUUGCAGGUUGCACGAAGCACCGGUUUCGGUCAAAGUACCGCCCUCAAAGAGUCCUUUGCUGCCCUUGUUCUAGCAGGAGCAUCUAAAGGCGUGUUCUACUGGCACGAACCGCACUCAUGUAGAUGCUCCACUGAGCUCUUCUUGGAAGCCCACGGAGACAGCAUCCCCUCGCAACCGCCUAGCGAUGCCUUGAAAGGCGCUCGGCAUGUCAUCUGCGACUGUGAGCUUUACAUGGAAACGGAAGGCGAUACAACCCCCUCGGCAUCCACGUCUACCUCCAGCACCUCUUUAACUGGUGUCAUUUUAUCUGUGUCAAGCGAUUCCGUAAACAUCAUCCAGCAGGAUCGUGUGGGCCCUGGAUUUUGCUUCUUCAACAAUGUGCUUCAGCAUAUAGUCAAAGGCUAUCUCCGUCAGGCACCUAGCGAUGGCGCAACUUUUGCAGGCAACGCGAAAGCAUUACCCUCUGGAACACAUUCAUCCACCUCGAAUGGCGACUCUUCAAGGCAAAGCAUGCCUUACAAACGACGCCGCGAGAACAAACACUCCAGGGGUGAUGAGGAUGAGAACAACCUUCAACCAAGGAAAAGACUCAAGGGCCCGCCAUCUCAUUCUUUGGAAAAGCCAAGAUUUUUGGCUUGCCCAUUCUGGAAACUCGAUCCAAACAAGCAUUGGGAGUGCUUUUUGAAGAAGCUCACAACGGUCAGUUAUGUCAAGCAGCACUUGAGUAGACGACAUACCCCUGCUCUCUAUUGUCAGACGUGCUUCGCCAUUUUUGACGACGAGGCCCUCCUCGAAAGCCAUAUCCUCAGCAGAUCCUGUGAACGAGAUCCUCUGGAAAGUUUGGAAGGUAUCUCGACAAUUCAAAGCCGCAAGCUCUCCCAGAAGUCCAAAGGGACGACCGAGGAGCAGUGGUAUGCCAUCUGGGACAUCCUCUUUCCAAGCAAGUCACGACCACUGAGUAUCUACAUCGACUCUGACCAGUCAGCAGACUUCGUUCUCCUGCGAGAGUUUAGUCAGAGAGAGGGUGUUUCUAUUCUUCACGACAGGAUUCGGGCAACAGGGCGAAUAUUGAGACCAGACGUGCCAGAGCAAGAGGUGAGGGACAUACUUCGCCAAGCGCUCGAUUCAUUCUUCGACUAUUACCGCAUGAACGUAGCCCCGGUCCCAGCGGAGCCUCCGCAGACUAGAAGCCGUACAUCGGGUGACUCAAGGCCGCAAGGGGCCAUGGCAGACAACCGAAGCACAGACAGCGGGGUGAUACUGACUUCUCACUCCUCUCAUGGCUCCCGUGCCGACGACCAGGCGAUCACAUCGAUGCCAGAGGACAACAAUGCAGGAACGCCGGCAAUAGAAGCCAUCGAGUCAGCGACCCAAGCUCAAACGGACCCCGUUGGUUCCUUACAAGUACUGGAAGCCUUCAACACGGAUGUAUCGGAGGACUGGGGGAUCUUGAGAGAAACGGAGAGUGUUUUCGGAGGGGCCAACUUGGACGAGCUAUACGAUAGGUUGAUUGUUCAAGGUGGUGUGGCGGAGCUUGAUGGGGGCCUGGAUGCCGAAACAUGA